UCUAAAUAACGCCAAAAACAAUAGACUACGCCAAACUCAAAGGUUGUGCAUAAUUUUGUUCCUUUUCAUUAUCAUUCUCAGUUUCUUUUUGUCAUUGUCAGUUUCUGUUUCGGAGGAUCGAAUAGAUAGGAAGAUAUGCUGAGUAGAUAGUCUUUUAAAGCAUUUGAAUUUUAAAAAAAAAUAAGUUUACGAUGGAAUUCAAUAAUGACACUAUAAGACGAUUAUUUAAUAACGUUCUUUAUGAAGAUAUUCGACAACACCAGCUUAACCACGCCGAUAUUCGGACUGGAAUACAAAAUAUGAAAGAAGUUUACAAACCUAAUCCUUCAAGUUUAUCUUCCGAAUUUCUGGAUGUCGCCAAUUAUAACGACCCUGCCCAUAGAUGUGCUUAUUUGCAUAAAUAUGCUCCAUUACAUACCGCCCUUGUGAGUGAUAUGUUGAACAAAUCGAUGCAAGAAGUGAGAUUUAUAUUACAAGAAAUUAUAGCUGAUACAGGACGUUUGGAAGUUUGUAGUUUAGGCGGGGGACCAGGGAGUGAUGUUCUAGGAGUGACUUCUGUUUUAUCUGCUGAAUUAGGAUUUUUCCAAUUUUCAGCAACUAUUGUAGAUUGUAUGGGAGAUUGGAGAUAUACAUUCGCUGCUAUAAUUAAAGAAUUACGUUGUGGGAGUUAUGGAUUAAUAAGUGAAUUUGUUCAGCCUCAAUAUUUCAGUUGGAAUUACAUAGGGCAUAAUUUAUUAGGAAAAAUGAACAAUGAUGUAAAUAAGGCUAUUCAAGGGGCAAACUUGGUCACUAUGGUGAAAUUUGUUUCAGCAGCUGCCUGUAAAGAUACUGCUGAAAUGCUUAAGAAAAUCUUUAGAUCACUCAAACCAGGAGCAUUAGUAUUAUUCAUUGAUAAUGAUGCAGGAGGCUUUUACAGACUUGCACUUCAAGGUGCCAAAGAAAGUGGAAUGGUAACAGUAUUUGGACCUCUCAUUCAUGAACAUUAUGUUAACAAGAGCUUCAAUGUUCGUAAAUUUGGUUACACGCCUUGCUUAGAGACUAAAGUCACAGUUCAUAUGUGGAUGAAACCAAAUUAUAAUAGAUCCACUGUCUUGCCUGCUACAACUCAAAGAAAUCCAUCAAGUGUACAAAUAAAAAAUGUUACCAAUACUUUUAAUCAAUAUAAUAUUAUAAAUACAAAUAUUUAUGUUACUGAAACUAACAAUUUAAACCUUCCCUAUGGUAUUCCACAUCAGACAUAUCUUCCAAAACAAAGCCAACAAAAUGAUGCAAAUCAAUUAUACAUUCCUAUUCAAAGACAGUAUCAAGAUCAUAUACUACCUAGCAGUAGCUCUGUAACUAAGAAUUUAAACAACACUCAACCAAAGAAGACAAUUCAAAAAGCUAGGCAACAAAAUGUUGGAAAUCAACCAUCUCUACCUCCCAUUCAAAGAGCAUUACAAGGUAAUACAUCAUCAAGUGGUAGUACUAUAAGAAAAAAUUCAAAUUUAUCCCUCAACAAUCCACAGAGGAUUCAGAAUCCAAACCAGCAAAAUGGUACAUAUCAAUCGUCUCAGUUUCCUGUACAACAGCAACCACGUCAUAGUUCGAAUAAUUACAAUUCAUCUGACAAUCCAAGCAAUUAUGGAGAAGGGAGUGAGAUUUGUUGUAAUUGUUGCGUAAUUUCAUGAUUUGUCUGGUUCAAGUAACUUUUAAACAAAGUGUAGCUAUUCUGAAUAUUUUUAUUUAAAUAAGAAGUAUUACAGAAGCUAAAAUUUUAAACCUCUUUUUUUAAAUGAUACUCCAUAGACAUAUUUUCCGAAUCGAAGUCAACUAAAUGAAGGAAAUUAAUGUAACACAUUCUCUAAUUUCAAAUUCUAAAACUAAAAAUUUAAGCCUCCUCUACAACAUUUCAAAAAAGAAAACAGUUCAAGCAAUGCAACAAAAUUUUGGAAAUCAAUAAUUUUUACUUGC